UCCAAUGCGUCUGUGCAACACAGACUGAAGGAAAAAAAAAAACUUAUCGACUCACUAAAGCCGAACCUGCGCCGCGCAAUUAGUGGCAGGAAAUCCACUUUUUUCUCCUGUUUUGAAGAAAAUAAAUAAAGAAAUCAAGCUGGCUCAGUGCGUGUCUCAGCAGCCCACUUUGACAGGUGCUCCUCACCCCCUUUGGAGGACUGUCAACAGCAAGAGGAUGGCAUCAGAGCUGGCAAUGAGCAACUCCGACCUGCCCACCAGUCCCCUGGCCAUGGAAUAUGUUAAUGACUUCGAUCUGAUGAAGUUUGAAGUGAAAAAGGAGCCGGUGGAGCCCGAUCGCAGCAUCAGCCAGUGCAGCCGCCUGGUCGCCGGGGGAUCCUUAUCUUCCACCCCGAUGAGCACGCCUUGCAGCUCGGUUCCCCCCUCUCCAAGCUUCUCGGCGCCCAGUCCGGGAUCAGGGAGCGAACAGAAGGCGCACUUGGAGGAUUUCUACUGGAUGACCGGGUACCAACAGCAGUUGAACCCCGAGGCUCUGGGCUUUAGCCCGGAGGACGCCGUAGAGGCGCUGAUCAGCAGCAGUCACCAGCUCCAGACCUUCGAUGGCUAUGCCAGAGGGCAGCAGUUCGGCGGCGCAGCCGGGGCAGGAGGCGCGAUGGCCGGGGAGGAGAUGGGAUCAGCGGCCGCCGUGGUGUCCGCGGUUAUCGCUGCAGCCGCAGCUCAGAACGGGGCUCCCCACCACCACCACCACCAUCACCACCACCACCACACAGGAGCACACCACCCAUCCUCCGGGUCUCAGUCCAGUGGCGGCGCGGGGGGAAACCACCAGCACAUGCGCUUGGAAGAGCGGUUCUCGGACGAGCAGCUGGUGACCAUGUCGGUGCGGGAAUUGAACCGGCAGCUCCGGGGGGUCAGCAAGGAAGAGGUGAUCCGCCUGAAACAGAAGAGGAGGACGCUAAAGAACAGGGGCUAUGCCCAGUCCUGCCGGUACAAGCGGGUCCAGCAGCGGCACGUCCUGGAGGGAGAGAAGACGCAACUCAUGCAGCAGGUGGACCACCUCAAGCAGGAGAUCUCCCGGCUGGCCAGGGAGAGGGACGCCUACAAGGAGAAAUACGAGAAGCUGAUCAGCACCGGCUUCAGAGAAAACGGAGGAUCCAGCAGCGACAACAACCCCUCAUCCCCGGAGUUUUUCAUGACGUCAAGAAAAUUCCUCCAUCUGUGAUAGAAAGCUGUACCCCGCCGUCCCGCCAACCUGGAGUCUGAGGUGAAGGAAACAGAAGGGUGGGCUGCACCGCAGACUGUGACAUGCUGUGGACAGGACAGCCCUUGGCUCUGUCUGUCAGUGUGUGAAGCCUCUGUGUGCAGCAGUGUGGACCGAGCUGUUCAGGGUUCCCCACUGUUGCCUGACCUGUCAUCGCGACAGAGACAGACUGACAGUAUGUAGCACUGAGUGGUCGCAGCCUACAGUCUGUCUCUUUUUACCAUUCGUCCAUUCAUGUUUCUCAGUUUGUCUCAUGAACCGGAUCAAACAGUCUCUGACAUUUCUCCCUUUGUCUCACCAAUUUUCCUUGAAUGUGUCAUGGAAACAGACUGUUGGUGUUUUGAAAUUAAUAAAUGUUUUUGAUUGUUUUA